GGGGUCCUUCCUUUCAUAAUAACAACAUGGCGGCCCUCUGUAGAGGCAGGCACCGAUGGAAAUCAAGCAGCUGGUGUCGUCUUUUGACCAGACACUUGACGGGAAAGUAUGACUAUGAUGUGGUGGUUAUUGGAGGGGGUUCAGGAGGGCUGGCUUGUUCCAAAGAAGCUGCACAGCUAGGACUGAACGUUGCUGUUUUGGACUAUGUGGAGCCCUCUGCGAAAGGCACCAAGUGGGGGCUUGGUGGCACGUGUGUUAAUGUUGGCUGCAUACCUAAGAAGCUCAUGCACCAGGCGGCUCUGCUUGGUACGGCAGUCAAAGAUGCCAGGAAGUAUGGUUGGCAGAUUUCAGGACCAAUUUCACACGACUGGGCUACCAUGGCCGAGGCAGUUCAGAACCACGUCCGGUCUCUGAACUGGGGUCACCGUGUUCAGCUCCAAGACAAGAAGGUGAAGUAUCUGAACAUGAAAGGAAGCCUGGUAGAUGAGCAUACGGUCACAGCACUCACGAAAGCAGGGAAGGAGAUGACCCUGACUGCCAAGAACAUUGUGAUUGCUACAGGUGGACGACCCAAAUUCCCCACAAAUAUACCUGGAGCAGUGGAACAUGGCAUCACCAGUGACGACAUAUUCUGGCUAAAAGAAUCACCUGGAAAAACGCUUGUGGUCGGCGCUAGCUAUGUGGCUCUGGAGUGUGCAGGCUUCCUCACAGGCAUUGGUUUGGACACCACCGUGAUGGUUCGCAGCAUCGCCCUCCGAGGUUUUGAUCAGCAAAUGGCAGAAUUAGUGACAGACUACAUGGAGUCUUACGGAACCAAGUUUGCAUGGAAGUGUGUCCCUAAGAGUGUUGAAAAACUCCCAUCAGGAGCCUUGCAAGUAAUCUGGACUGAUAUGCUGACGGGCAACGAACACAAGGACACCUAUGACACUGUCUUGUGGGCAGUUGGUCGAGCUCCAGAAACUAAAGCUCUGGGUCUCAACAAGCUUGGAGUGCAACUCAACAAGAAGACAGGGAAAAUAAUUGUGGGGGUUGAUGAGUCUACCACUGUGCCAAACAUCUACGCUUUUGGUGACAUAAGCCAGGGUCGUCCUGAAUUGACCCCGACGGCCAUUAAAGCAGGAAAACUCCUCGCCCGCAGACUUGCUGGCCGGAGCACAGCACUCAUGAACUAUGAUAAUGUGCCAACAACAGUGUUCACCCCUCUGGAGUAUGGCUGUGUGGGUCUAUCCGAGGAGGAGGCUGAAAGCAGGCAUGGCAAAGACAACAUAGAGGUUUUCCAUGCUUUCUACAAGCCGUUAGAAUUCACUGUUGCGGAGCGUGAUGCCAGCCAGUGUUACUUAAAGGUGAUAUGUGAGCGGGCUGGUGUCCAGAAGAUCCUGGGUCUGCACUUCACUGGUUCAAAUGCAGGAGAGGUCACCCAGGGCUUUGCUAUGGGCUUCCAGUGUGGGGCUACGUAUUCGCACCUCUUAGAGACAGUGGGCAUCCACCCGACAAGUGCUGAGGAGCUAGUCAAGGUCAAUAUCACAAAACGUUCUGGAUUGGAUGCCACUGUCACCGGAUGCUGAGGUUAAGUCCCCUCGGUUUCUGAAUGUGGAGCACACAGGGUAGGAAAACGUUAGUUAUAUUUGAGCCGCUCUUUCUUUUUUAUCCUUUACUUCUCCAUGUGUCCCCUCAUCAUGCUGUGCUGGUCACUCAAGGUAACACCUGGUAGACAGGUGACUAUAAAUGGGAAUU